AUGCCGCUGUGGAAGCUACCCCGACACCUGCAGGUUACAUUUGUGCUACUCUUUGUCACGGCCAUGUUUCUGCAUGCUGACCAAAACCUUGCGGCACCAAAUCUAUCAGCAAUUGCAAAUGACUUUCAGAUGACGCCCAUGCAGAAGGACUCACGUCUUGGUGGUCUUGUUCAGUUUGGCUUCUUCCUCGUGGGCGGUGCGGUAUCUGUGCUGGUCGGCCCAGCAGCAGAUCAAUUUGAUCGGAUUUCGGUGCUUUGUGGAGUUGUUCUUUGUGGCGCACUGCCCUCUUUGCUCAUGAGUCUCAUGGUCCCAUCUUCAAAGGCAGGAUUCUUCUACUUCUUCAUGGCAAGGAUUUGUACGGGGGUGGCAAUUGGAGGCUCCUUUCCAGUCCUUUUUGCAUUUUCUGCCGAUGUUUUCCCUCCUUCGCAACGGACGUUGAUUUCUGGAGCCUUGAACGCUGCUGGAAAUAUUGGAGCUGCUCUUGGCGGUCUCAUGUCUGGUGUCAUUGGACCAACUUACGGCUGGAGACUUCCCUUCACAAUCAUUGCCAUACCGACAUUGGUUUGCGCCGCUCUGGUACGCCUUUGUCUAUCUGAUCCCCGCACACAACAAAAGGCGAAAGCGAAGCGUGAAGAGCCAGUGAUGAACGAGGCCUUCUCGGCUUGGAUGGGAGGUUCUGAAAUUAGAGGGGAAGGCCUCAGCAUGGAAGACCUGGAUUUGACGAAGUUUCAGAAAGUCUUUGCAGUAAAGUCGAAUGUCUUGGUAUUUGCGCAGGCCCUUCCUGGCUGCAUACCUAUUUCGGUGAUCGUAACAUUCUUGGCCGACUACUUGGCAACAGAUCAGGGCAUGGCCGUGGAG